AAUUGUUAGUUUCGGGGUCAGUCGAAAUCUAAACAAAAUUGAAUUAAAAAAAGAAAGACAGAAUUCGUAAUUAGUUAAUUGAAAAUCCGGUUAUACGAUGCCGCGGGACUCUGCGCAAUGUCAGAUUUCGUAGCCCCGGACCAUUGAACUUACAUUUUCUCGCGUCUAUAGUUGGCCGAUCGGUUUUGUCAUUAAAUUUUAGUCUAUUGUCGAGUGAAAGUCUGUUCCAAAAAGCGAGAAUUUUUUAAGUUUCCUCAAGUUACUAUAAUGGUUAUUAAGUUUUAAGGAAAAUAGGUCAUUCUGUCGGUUUUUUUUAUUAGUAAUACUGAUUUAGUUUGAUUUUAUAAUGGCAAAUAAAGCUGUGGGGCCAAUGGGCGAGAACAAGAAAACUAAUGGUCAUGUGGAUGACAAGAAAAAGUCAAGUCGUGGAGCACUAACUAGGUUUUACUUACUUGCAUACAAUAUUACACAAACCAUCGGAUGGACCAUGAUUUUAUAUAAACUGAUCUCUUAUUACUUAGUUCCAAACAAUGGGAAAUCACUGUAUGAUGUUCUCAGUUUUUCAUUGAUGUGGUUCCAAAAUGCGGCUGUUUUAGAAGUUUUCCAUGCUGCCACCGGAAUGGUAAAGUCCAGUGCCAUUAUGACAGCUUUCCAAGUUGGUUCCAGGGUUGCAGUAGUUUGUGGAGUUCUCUUGGCCACAAACGAGGCGAGGUUAGGUUUAGGGCUGCCCAUGGCAGUCUUAGCUUGGUCCCUCACGGAAAUUAUCCGAUAUUCUAAUUAUGCUUGUGCUCUCUUUGGUUCUACACCAUAUUUCUUAAAAUAUUUAAGGUACACCCUAUUUAUAAUACUCUACCCGAUAGGAAUCACCGGAGAACUGACCUGCAUCUACAAAGCUCAAUGUGAAGUGGGUGAAGGACAGCUCUACUCUAUCGAUAUGCCCAACAAGUACAAUUUCACCUUUAAUUAUCAACAUUUGUUGUGGUUCCUGAUGAUACUUUACGUUCCUCUGUUCCCCCAGUUGUAUAUGUACAUGUUCGGACAGAGAAAGAAAGCAUUGCAAAAGGAGAAAUCGAAUUGAGAACAAAAGAAUAUUAAGACUGACGGUUCAAAAACUACUUCUUGUUAAGUUGAAAUUUGUAAAAAGAAAUGAAAACUUUUUAUCAUUUAAACGGUUUUAUUAUAUAAUUUUUAUAUAGGGAGAAAAAAAAAUAAACAUAAUAAAAAAGUGGCUAAUUUGGAGUAAA